GUUUAUUUCUAGUUGCUAACACGUGACAAGUACAAAAUAAAAUGCAUAAUUGGUCUUAACAACAAUUGGCUGUAUAGGGCGUAGAUUUCACUCCACGGUAAUUCACAAGGAUGGACCGAGGCCACCUGUCUACAACAGAACCUGCAGUAAAUACUAAUGAAAUAUCAAAUGCUGUUAUUAAUCAUAUUCGUGGAACCGUAUCACUGCAAAACGAAGUUCUUGCUCAUAUCAAACUGGUUACAGAAACGUUAUUGAAAGUCAAAGAUCGCGUAGAAAAUAUGGUUAAAUGUCUGGUCUGUGUUGAAGAUGUUGAACCUUCGUCGUCGAGUUUAGCGGGUGAUAUAAAGCAGACCUGCUCUCAGCUGUAUAUUCUUGAACGCCACCGGGAUGCUGAAUCACGAAGACUUCAAGGAAAAGUUGUGAACAUUUUCGGUGGACUUGUUGUGAAAGAAAGACAAGAUAAAGCGCGGAAUGAAAUUGAAGAAAUUCUGAAAGAGCUCAAACGUUGCAUGUCUGAAGAGAGAAAAUCAAUGCGACAGUUGAGGAAAUCGGCUUACCUGGAUAGUAAUGCUGAACCAUUUCCCAUGUUCCCCGCUGUUUUAUCUCUGAAAACAUCAAAAAGUACAUCGUGGGAUCUUGCAAUGAAAAGAGCAAGUUGGAAAGAAGCUCACAAUCAAGUCGAAAGCGUCUUUUUGAGACUUGAUGAAAAGUUGAAAACGAUGGAAUUAGAAAAGGAUAGAAAAUUUCGAGAAAUCAUGAAAUUGUAUAUUGAAAUACAAAUGGUGUUUCACGCAAAUGCCUUGGAGUUACUUACGGAUGCAUUCGGCAAAGCUAAUCCCAAAUCCCGCAACGCUUCAGAGACAGAGGAAACGGACUGGCAAGCUACAAGAAAAGAAUUAGGAAUAUCACAUAUCGAGACUUGUAUAAAUUCAUAUAAGUCAGAAGGAGAAAAGUUUUGUGAGAAACCGGUUGGGGAAACAACAACAGACCCAACUAAACUCAAUAAUUCACCAAACGAGGAAGAAAGCAAUAAAGCUGGCAACUAUGAUCAAGAUGUAAAAAACGAAGACGAUGAUUACCGAGCUGAAACUUUACAACACGCGUUGUGUGCAUCUCCGCAAAUCAGCGAUCAGUAUGAACAGUCACCGCGAACACUGAGCUCGGAGUCUCUUGAGUCAGAUGUGGUGCAAUUUGCACGCGAUAACAUUAGUUAGCUUGCAAAUGGGAGACAUUCAAUUGCAUUUAUUUUGUACGAUAAUAUAGCUAUAUAUAAUAUAUACUUAAUUUAUCCAG